AUGAAUUUAAUAACAGGUGGAGAUGAUGAUGAUGAUGAUGACACGAGCCAUCAAUUAAAAAAUUGUACCUGCAGUUGCGGUCAAGCAAAUCAAGAAAUUCGUAUUGUCGGUGGAAGACCGACAGGAGUUAACAGAUACCCAUGGCUGGCACGUUUAGUCUACGAUGGACAAUUUCAUUGCGGGGCCUCAUUGAUAAGUGAAAAUUUCGUAUUGACUGCUGCUCAUUGCGUGAGAAGGCUUAAAAGAUCUAAAAUCAGGAUUAUUCUGGGAGAUCACGAUCAAUUUAUAACAACCGACUCUCCUGCCAUCAUGAGAGCAGUAUCGACCAUCAUAAGACACAGAAAUUUCGACAUUAAUUCCUAUAAUCACGACAUAGCAUUGUUAAAACUACGUAAACCUGUGAGUUUUUCCAAACACGUACGACCCGUUUGCCUUCCCACAGAUAAUUUUGGAAAUCUUGCUGGUAAAAAUGGAACUGUGGUGGGAUGGGGAAGAACAUCGGAAGGAGGAAUGCUUCCGGGAGUUUUGCAAGAAGUACAAGUUCCUAUUUUAAGUUUGUCACAGUGUAGAACAAUGAAAUACAAAGCUUCUAGAAUCACCGUUAACAUGAUGUGUGCCGGAAAAGGUUUCGAAGAUUCCUGUCAGGGCGACAGUGGUGGUCCAUUGUUAUUGAACACUGGUGGUGAUAAACACACGAUUGUGGGUAUAGUGUCGUGGGGUGUCGGUUGUGGCAGACCUGGAUAUCCCGGAGUUUACACGAGAGUCACGAGAUACCUCGAAUGGCUACAUAGAAACAUGCAAAAUACAUGUGUGUGCAGUGAAUGA